AUGGGUCAAAAUCAAUCUGGCCUAGGACCGCCAGGUGCACCUGGCGAGAACAAGGAUAAGAAAGAUGGAAAGAAGGAUAAGCCAAAGUACGAGCCGCCACCACAACCCACCACGCGCAUCGGUCGCAAGAAGAAGAAGCAAGCUGGCCCCAACGCUGCUGCGAAACUCCCAAACAUCUACCCGACGGCGAGAUGUAAACUACGAUAUCUGCGCAUGCAACGUGUCCACGAUCACCUGCUGCUAGAAGAGGAGUUCGUUGUGAACCAGGAGCGGGCGAGGAAGUCAAAGGCAGCAACACAACAGGCACCUCAAACAACCGACGCAGAUUCGGCUGACCGAAACGCCGACGAGAGGAGUCGGGUGGAUGAUAUGCGAGGUUCACCUAUGGGUGUCGGUAACCUAGAGGAACUUAUCGAUGACGACCAUGCGAUCGUAUCUUCCGCCACGGGGCCAGAGUACUACGUGUCUAUCAUGUCCUUCGUCGAUAAGGAUCUGCUCGAACCUGGUGCUUCAAUUCUCCUCCACCACAAGAGCGUGUCAGUCGUGGGUGUUUUGACGGAUGAUGCUGACCCGCUUGUUUCGGUCAUGAAGCUGGACAAGGCGCCGACAGAGAGUUACGCAGAUAUUGGCGGUCUUGAGCAACAAAUCCAAGAAGUGAGGGAGGCUGUGGAACUUCCGUUGCUACAUCCCGAGCUCUACGAGGAAAUGGGUAUUAAGCCACCGAAAGGUGUGAUCUUGUACGGUGCACCAGGCACUGGCAAGACUCUACUGGCAAAGGCCGUGGCAAAUCAGACGUCAGCGACAUUCUUGCGUAUCGUCGGCUCAGAGCUCAUUCAAAAGUACCUGGGUGACGGCCCGAGAUUAGUGCGACAACUCUUCCAAGUCGCCGCUGAGCAUGCUCCAUCGAUUGUCUUCAUCGACGAGAUCGACGCGAUUGGCACAAAGCGAUACGAUAGCACCAGCGGUGGAGAGCGUGAAAUUCAGCGAACUAUGCUGGAGCUUCUCAACCAGCUCGACGGUUUUGAUGACCGAGGUGACGUAAAGGUCAUUAUGGCUACCAACAAGAUCGACACCCUCGACCCCGCCCUUAUCCGACCUGGACGUAUCGAUCGCAAGAUCCUCUUCGAGAACCCAGACCAGAAUACAAAGCGCAAGAUCUUCACGCUACACACCUCGAAGAUGAACCUGGCAGAGGACGUAGACCUUGAGGAGUUCAUCGGUCAAAAGGACGAUUUGUCUGGUGCGGACAUUCGGGCUAUUUGUUCCGAAUCCGGUCUGCUUGCUCUACGUGAGCGCCGAAUGCGUGUCAACAUGACUGACUUCCGCGCGGCGAGGGAGUCAGUACUCAAGACCAAGAGUGAGGGAGAGCCCGAGGGCUUGUAUUUGUAG